AUAAAUUUAUACACAUCUAGUUGAAUGAUUCUUUCUUCAAUCAUAAAGCGAACCAGCUAUCAUUCUUGCACAAGCGAGUUUCCUACUUACAAAACUCCACUUAUUCAUCACCGAUCUACUUACAUAUAUUCAUACAUAUAAUAUAUAUAAUAUAUUUACACACACACGGCCCCUUUGUUCUGUUGGACUCUCCCGACAUGGCGAUGACUAUCGAAGGUACUAAUUGAUAUACACAUGUAUAUGUUAUGACUUGAACUCUUGUGUAAUUCUGUUGUAUUUAAUUUUAGUAUCAAGAUAAUUCUGCCUAGUUAUUAAUUUGAAGAAUAUUGGGUAAUUUGAUGUUAGAAUAGUAGUAAUAAAAGUGGUGUACCAGUAAAUUGAUGUCAUCAUGUUUGUUUGAUGUUUGAUUGAGGCUCAAUUGAGCUCUACAAUAGGGUUUUUGAGUACUUCUUUAUCCCUAGAAUUUGAGUUUUGCAGUUGGGUUGGGGUCGAGAUAAAGUUACUGUAAUUGGGGUUUGAUAACAUUACUCUGUGCGUAUAAGUUAUGGGUGAUGCAGGAUAUCAGAAUUGAGAAUUACCGUGAUUGAUAACAAGUUUUCUGCUCACCAUACAGUAUUUACUGUUUUGUUAUGUGAUAGCAGCAUAAUUUGGUAAAUUGCAUAUUGGGGAAUAUACUAUUGUGCCAUGUUUUUGCUGAAGUACAAGCUCUUUAGGGUGUGGGCCUUGUGGUUCUCGGUGCUUGGUCAAAUAGGAGUCGGUAUUUAGUGAUAAAUUGACUUGGAACAUAUAUAAUGAUAAAUCCGGUUUAACACUUGCAAAACAGUGAUCCGUGCAUGUGCCUUUGCAUAGUCAACUGGAAAUGUUAUGAUGUCAUGUUUUUCAUGCAUCAUCUUUUGGGUUACCGGUUACGGUUGUGAUUUUAAGUGCACCAGCUGGUAGCUCUAAGAAUGUAGAAGCUUGUUUAGGGUUGCUCAGUUUGAAAGUUUUCUGGAUGGAGUUUUUUACCUUCUUAUAAGGUUUGAUUUAUAACACCAUCUAUAUUGGAUGACUAAUUAGUAUCCUUAGGAAGUGCCUUUAUUUGAAAAGAUUUGUAAGACAAACACAAGUGUACAAAUGCACUUUUUGACUAGUCAUGACAGUUCAUGCAUAAAGAUGAAGCAAUAAUGUUACUUAGGCCAAGGAAGUUUCUCAUAUCGCAUGAGGUUACAAUGCUGACUUGAUUAUCUGAACUAAUCUUAAUGGUGUGCGCAACGUCUGUUUUCGUUCAUUUCUUAUGAACAUAAUUUAAAACAUCCAAGCAAGUUUACAAUAAAGUUCUUGUAAAUUAGGAUAAAUCAAAAGGAAUGUACCGAUGUUAAUAUGCUUUAAUCUUGUUAGCUUCUCAUACAACCUAGUCUAAGUAGUUAUAUACAAACUGGUUAUUUUUUAAUGUUGGACACUACCAGUUUAGGUUAUUAACUUCUGUACUUAUGGUGUUAGACAUAGUUGCAUUAUUGGUACUGGUACAUGACUGUGUAUUUAAUAUUUUUGACAAAUUUAUUGUGCAUAUUUGAUACUGACUAUCUUAUGUCCUGGUGUGUUGGUUUGUGUAACUCCUCGAUGAUGCUCCGUUGCCACCUACAGUGCUGGCUGGACUUGCUUUUAUGUUUUCAUCCAGCAUACUCCUGCAGAUAUUGGCUUGUGCAUUGUACAGCAACUGGUGGCCAAUGCUAUCUGCUCUAGUGUAUAUUUUGGUGCCAAUGCCUUGUAUGUUCUUUGGGGGUGGGUCCACUCAAUUUCUAACUAGUCGAGAUGGUGGGGGAUGGGUUGAUGCAGCCAAGUUUUUAACAGGGGCAUCGACAGUGGGAAGUAUGGCUAUUCCCAUUAUUCUUAGGCAUGCAGGGUUAAUUGAAACUGGGGCUAUGUUAAUCGAAUUCACGUCAUUUCUCAUUUUUGUUUGCACCGUUUUGUGUUUUCAUCGUGCGAGCCUUGAUGAUGAGUGGUGAGCUGGGCUCAGUUCCAAAGAGUGAUGCUAAUCUUGUAACACUAUCCAUUUUAUUGUGUUUUCUUAGCAUAGUAGAUGUAAAAUGAUAACAUAUUCGAGACAAAUACAAUAGAAAUAACAAUGAACAUUUUCGACCAUGUAAAGAAAGCUCUACUAUUUUUUCCUUCA